AUGAAAGACCUGAAACUAUUAUUUAACUAUUUCCACAACAAAACAUUCACCAAAACCGUCAAUAAUAGUCCUCCUGGCACUGAAAUCGAGACCAUCGGAAAUUUCGCCUAUUUAUAUACUGCUAUUUUGGAUGCACCUUUAAGGGACUUUGUAGAAAAUGGAACUGUAAACAUUGUGAAGAAUGAAAAAACAGAGGAGGUCAUCAGACUGCAGAACUGGAAUCCGCUUACUAUCUGUACCACCUCUUCUGGUGACCUCCUAGUAAUUAUGGAAAGAGAAGAUGAAACAAAACUUGUCCGUUACUCUGGCUCUACAGAGAAAAAAUCAAUUCAGUUUGAUGAUAAAGGUAAACCCCUUUAUUUACCAGGUAGUUUAUUCAAACACAUUACGGAGAACAGAAACCGGGAUAUCUGUGUGGCGGAUAAUGGAUUUCAUGCAAUAGUGGUGGUUAAUAUGACUGGAAAACUAAACUUCAGGUUUACUGGUCCUACUCCUUCUCUAAAGAAUAACCUAUUAAGUCCACGAGGAAUCAUAGCAGACAGUCAGAGUCACAACCUUACAGCUGCUUAUUGCAAUAAUUGUGUCUACAUCAUAGACCAGGGUGGACAGUUUCUCCGUUACAUAGAAUGUGGACUCAGUGAACCCUGGGGACUGUGUACAGAUACAAAUAACAAUCUGUUUGUUGCUGAGUAUACCAAUAGGCAGGUGAAGAAAAUCAAAUACCUGCAAUGA